CGCCGUCGCGUGAAGAGUGUUUGUUGUGUUUUCGUUGAAAAGUGUUUGGAUUUCUCAGUGAAAAAUCAAGCUGUUUUAGCAUGUCUUGACAAGUAAAGAGAGGUUUAUCAUCGGCGGUUUCGGCAGCCAAGGGUUCUCCAAAAUGGCGGGUGGCCAGCUUCUGGAACAGUAUACUGUCCCACAGCUUGCGAGAUUUUUCCACUGCAUGCCCCAUCUCAAUGUCUCUCUUCACUCCGUCAACAACACAUUCAACCCCCGCUCCGAAAUCUAUCUCGAGAGUCUCGGUAUAUUGGGAAGCAUCCCCGCCGCUUGGCUGAUUUUCACCCUGUUGGUGCUGCUAGUUUAUCUUGUGACAAGAUGCUGCGACCGGAAGCCUCGUCACAGAAGAUCUAUAGCUCUCCUGAAAUGCUCCCUAGCAGUUCUUGCCCUCCUUUGCUGCGGAGCCGUUGCUGUAGGUCUCUAUGGCAAUGACGAUGUGCAUAACGGCCUCAUACAAUUAAUUACCGCCGCCAAACAUGUAGACGAUAUGAUUAUGGACGUGAGAAAUCAGACGGAGAAGAUCGAACAGACAGUGCAGAAGAAGAUUCUUCCACAAAUGACUGCUCUCGAAGACGAGUUCGACGCACCAGCUAAUAAUAAAACGAUCUUGGGAUUAUUGCUGAAAGCCUCAGAAAGGAUGAAUCAGAACGCGAGCAUUGCUGUGAAUCGCAGCUUUGAAAUUCGCAGGCCUCUGACCGGAAUUACCCUGACUGGUGCUGUCGCCUUGGCCGAGAGAAUCGAACAAUUAAGAUGGCCUAUUACCAUGGCUGUGCUCAGCGUUCUUCUUAUACUUUGCGUGGUUCUGCUGGUCGGAGUCGCGCGCCACUCCAGAUGCGCCCUUAUCACCUUUUCCGUAUUCGGCCUAUUUGCGGUGAUAGUUUCCUGGUUGAUGGCUUCAAUGUACCUGUCGACAUCGGUAGCUCUCGGUGAUUUGUGCGUCUCCCCGGAUGGAUACAUAGCAAAAUCAUCUCCAAAUAUUCUGACCUCCGAAGUUCUUUCCUAUUAUACGCAAUGCGAGAGUAUGCACAACAACCCCUUCACUCGCCGAGUUCGAGAGGGAGUCAAUGCUACAGGAAACAUGAGGAACAACUUGAAUAACGUCAAGGAACUGGCAGAGCAGCUAUUCAAGGAUCAACAAGUAUCCACCAAACUGAUCAGCAUUAGAAAUGAGAUCAACACUUUGGAGAGAUUGUGGUCAGGCCUACAAGCCUUCCUCGACUGCAAACCAGUACACAAACAGUACAUUACGGGAAUCAAGAGCCUCUGCCACUUAGGAUUAUACGGCCUCACAUUUAUGUUAGCAGCGAGCCUCGUAGCUGGUUUCCUCUUCACCGUUCUUGUCUGGGUCGACUCUCACACCUGGAUCUACAUUAGAAAACGAAGUGAUUACCUCCAGGUCGACGAGCAAGAUCCUUUCUUGCCUCCAUCGGCGGCUUCGCAGGCGAUAGCGGCACGGACUCUUCGUGGCCAAGGGUCGUACCCGCCUACAGCCCCUCCUCUUAAUCCAAAUAUUCACGGCAACCAAAAUACUAUCAAACAGCCUCUCCUGCUAACGCCGCCCCCGCCGUCCUACGCUACUGCGACAGCUCGAGCACGCCAGCUGCACGAGAGCAUGUUAAAAAGUGGGGGAAUUAAUGGAAGCGGGGGCGAUCACAAACCGAGUCAGCACAAUCAGCACGCGACUAGUGGACGAGCUGAACACCGUUCUGGACAUGGAGACCAACCUGGCCAGUACGCGACUCUAAGCAAGCAGUGCAAAACACUAGAAUCGAGAAGGGAACCACCUUGGACGCCAAGUGUGGCAUCAUUUACCGGCACCCUCUCUCAUAAUUCGCACGGACCCGCGCACAUGGCAACUUUUCAAGACUCUAGGAAAACGCAGACUCUGGAUCCGAAAAAUCUGGCAAGUUUAAAGCGAGGACCAACACCCGCCUGGAAUCAAAAUCGACCUCUGCCACCGAACCCAGUCAAUCAGCCAACCUGGGAAUUUGAGAAUCGUUCACAAACGAACAUGAACCAGUUUCGUUCUCUCGUAAGGAACAAGGCUCCGAAUAUACGGAUACAGGACCAGGUGCAAGAUCAGGUGAGGACUUUGGACCGGAACUUUUCUCGCGGACAGUUCAACGACACCGGUCAAAAUAAUGCUGUUCCGAAUAUGUACGGCACGUACAAUCGGGCUCAAGGCAGACAAGAAAAAGCUUCUGUUCCCACUUUAAGUCAGGUUCAAGGCAGCGAUCCUAAUCUGUACGCGGUUACCGAAUUGUAAUCGCCUUUGGAACGAAACCAACCAAGCGGAAACCAAAGCAAAGCGAAGCGAAGAGCGAUACGAAAAUAAUGAGAGGUUUCUCUAUUCUAUUAUCAUACGGGUCUGGGUAGGGGUUUUUGUCCAGAGGGUGUGAGAACGAGGGGGCGGAAAAGACUCGGAGAAUAAUUUUAAAAAGAUGGAAUAAAAGCUGAGCGAGUUAGAGAAUUAUUUAAAACAAGAAGAAACGAAAGUGCUCGAAAAGAGGGCGAAUUACAUUGUAGCUAAUGUGUAUCGAUCGUAUUUGUAUAUCGUGUACAGUGGCCAUCGUCAACUAUCUUUUCCAUUCGAACUGCAUUCUUUUCGAAUGAAUUUUUUUUUUUAUAUGAAGUGCGGAGUCGACCCGCGACUUUGACCUAAAGCUUUUUUUUUUCCUUAUUGCAGACUCAUCCACAUUGAUGAUCGCAUUUUUUGAGAGGUAGAGAUUUUGCGGUCGUUGGCGCGGAUUUAGAGGCUCGAUCAACGUGAGAGGGAUACCAAAAGACACUUUUUAUACAUCUUUUUACACUUUAAUACCCGUACGAUUUGUAGAAAAAAAAGCUCCGUGUUCAUUUUCCUGUUAU